GAAUGUGCCUUCUCACCACCAGUAUACAGUACAUGCCAUGAAAAGGACAUAUUAUUCACAGAUUGCUGUCAAUUUACUGACUGUAAAUACUUCUGCUUUCUUUGUUUUUAUUUUUUUUGUCGAAGACUCCUUUAGGGAACCACCACUCAGUUUUGUGAUUAUACUGGCUGUAGUGAUCAAGACGCUUGAGAUUAGUUUUUAUUAAAUCAGCCCUCUGAAUGAGAUCACUCAACAUUAAUUAACCAGAAUGUGGUUGGGAAAUCAGAACAAUCAGGUCAUUAACCUACCUUUUUAUAUCUUAUAUCUUCCAUAUUGACAGCUCUUUAGUUUAACCUUGAAUCUUAACAUGCUGAAUAUAAAAGAUUACACCCUUCCCCUGAGUCCAAUUAUUUAUUUCAGACAUAUACAAACAAAAAAAAAAGGUUGGAAAACAGAGAAGACAUGAACAGGAGCCACUUGAACCUCUGCCACUAAUUAACAACCAGAGGAAGCGGAGAGGAGGAAGUAAUCAGGAAAAUUAGCUGCUGGUGUUUUGCUGGAACCUGCUUGGCUAGCAAGUGUUUAUGUACAGCUGCAAGCCCACAUAUUGGCUGAUAAUAUAUUAGUCCAGGAAAGAAAAAGAAAACCUGACAUAUGCACAAAAAGGCAGACACACUGUCACAAACAAAAAAUCUCACAAAUGAUUAUAUAAUUUGGUAUAUUGCUGUUAAAUGUUUUCUUUAAACAAACACAACGGAACCUCCCUUAAAUAAUACCCACAAAAAAUAAAUAUAUAAAUAUAAUUCUAACAAGUCCUAAAAAUUGUAGUCAUCCUGCUUUGUUCUUUCCACACAACUGUUAAAUUUCUUAUCACUCUCACCCCAGCUAGUUUAACGAAUAGUACGAACACCAGACCAUCAGUCUGUGUGUCCUUCUUUCAGCAGAGAUGGAAAUCUUUAAUGAUGUUUGAAACAAAGGAACCAAUUUUUCAGGCAACUCCAGCAGCAGCAGGCAAGAAUCCCAAUUUAACCUCUCACAGCGUAUCCCGCAGACAGAAUCUGUGGGUGAGGCAUCACACGAAGUGUCAGAAACAUCUGUUCAAUCUGCUUUGUGGUCCAGUGGACAUUAUGCCAAGAUCUCAGGGCACACAGCUCUAAAAAUGAAGCAGUGAUGUGUCUGUCACACUUGAUAAAAGCGGGAACAAUGAUAAUCAUGCUGAAAGCGGUGGGGAAAAGAAAAAUGGAAUAAAAAGGAGCUUUGUAAACUGGAUACACACACACAUGCCACUGAAACAUUUAAAAUAACAGCAAAAAAGAGCAUUUUUGUCUUCUUCUGUGUCUUCUCAGCAAGACAAACUGUUAUCACUGUGUGUCCUUCGAGGGUAGAAAUACAGGGGAAGUAUGACUGGCUGAGGAGUCCAGUCACUGCUGACAAAAUAGAGUUCACAACGAUGUGAGAGGAACAGUCUUCAGGCGACACAUGUAACGUUUCAAACACAAACCAGCCAAAGCCCGCUUCUGCCUAUUUGCCAUCCUGCCUAUAAAAGUUAUAAAUAUAACUAAUUAGUCUGCAGCCUUGUUCAGGCCAGCAAAAGGUAGCAGCCACGUCCUCACAUGCAUCACCCCAUGCCGACGCAGCCUUCUCAUGGGAUCACAUGAGUGCUUAAUAAGUGCUAAAAUGGACAGGAGCACUAUAUAAACCCCCUCUGAGUUUUCUCUGUCUCAUCACACUUUGCUUUUAUCCUUUCCUUGUCCUUUAAGUAGAUUUUAAUUGCUGGAAUUUCACUGAUUUAGCCUCAAGAGUUCAUAAUUUACCGGCUAACUAUCAUCAGAAGAAGUCUGCUGUGUCCUUUUUAAAAUCUUCUUUGAUUUCUCAAAAUAUGAGCGAACAGGCCAAAACAGACACAUCGUGUGGGGAGUACAGCAGGGGUGCCCCUUGGUACCCCUUGAGAAAGUGGUGGCAUUUGAGCCAGCUUUUCAGUCAGGAUGCUGGCCUGCCAUCUUUCCUGGAGUCAGGGGAUGCUCGCUGGAUGGAUGUGGACUGGUUGCAGAGGAGUUUGGCAGCCUGCUCCUGGCCAGGGUACAUACCCGCUCCGCUGUUUGUGCCCUACAUCUCUGGGUCGAUGCAUCAUCCAAGCCAGACGAUUAGUAAGUGGAGGGUCAUCAUGGAUGCGGCUCACUUCACCCCCUCGGAGAUUUCUCUCAGCAUCAGAGAUGGAUUCCUGGAAGUCAGAGGGAAGCACGAGGAGAGGCCAGAUGAGCAUGGAUUCAUUGCCAGAUGUUUUACAAGGAAGUACAGGCUCCCAGUGGAGAUGGAUGCUACCAAAAUCACAUCCACAUUUUCUGUAGAUGGUUUCCUGAGCGUGGAAGCUCCAGUUCCCGAAACCUCUGUCCCUGCUACAAUCCCCAUUCCCAUAAAGGUGAUAGUAGAGGAUAAUGGAGAACCGGAGGUAAAAGAUGAGAAAGAAGAAGAGAGCGGGAGAGCACCAGACCACCCAGAGUUUGCUUCCUCAGAGGAUCAUGGGGAAGGCUCUUCAUUAGAAGUCCAUAGAGAUCAGGCCCAACCUGAAGGUGCCACAGUCGGGCUUCAGCAGCAUGAUGAGAGGACAGAAACAGAGGAGGAGACCCAUGAAAAGCCAGCUGGAGAGUCCCCCCCCUCAGUGCCCGCAGGUGACGAAAGCACAGACGGCCUUCGAGAUUCUUCUACAAAGCCAGAAGCAGCGGAAAGCCAAGAAGGCCCAGACGCAGACACAUCCAGACAGCCAGAACUCCAAAGGCCAGUCGUGGAUGAAGAGCUCCAGGUGAUGGAGAGCUCACGGGAGGCUGUUGAGGACAUAACUCAGCCUGGGGAACAGGUCCAGAGCCAGGAAUUGGAAGCAGCAAAUAUACAGCAAGAGAUCACCGAAUAAAAACAAUAUAAUGGUGAUAAAGUAAUGAAACAGCCAGCACUGCUUGCCUUGCUUAGUCUCACAGAUGCAUUGUAGUCAUUAGAUGUAACAGCCUCGCUAUCGGUGGAGCUCCAAUAAAGCACUAGCAUGUGAAAACAAUAAAUAAUAUGUUGUGUGUCAUGUUAUUAAUGUCUUAAUGGUUUUAUGUUCUCACAAUUAUAAAAUGUGUUAUGUGUGAUUUUGAAACUGUUUAUGAGCAA